AUGAACGCUCUGACCACGCCACGCCACGCUUCGCUUUCAGUGUGUUUGUACCCUAAGAAAUUGCACCUCAACAUAAUGCCUCGACGCUCGAAAAAAAUCGGAGUGAAGAUGAACGACCAAGACCGCACCAGUAUCCAUGAGGCAAUGGAGCAGCAGAGCAUUUCGAUAUCGAAGGCCGGUCUGGUGACGUCACUGCAGGCGCGCUGCUCCGUCAUUGCGGCCGCCAAUCCAAUCGGGGGACGCUACGAUCCCGGAAUGACCUUCUCUGAAAACGUGAACCUAUCCGAGCCAAUCAUGUCGCGUUUCGACAUUCUGUGCGUGGUUCGCGACGAGGUGGACCCCGUGCGCGACGAACAGCUGGCGCGCUUCGUGGUGAACUCUCACAUCCGACACCACCCCAAGCCACCGGCCGACAGUGGUGUCCCCGGACACCAGCUGCUGCCGGCCACGCCCCUCGACGACGAGGAUGCCAAAGCCGAUCUGAUACCGCAGGACGUCCUCAAGAAGUACAUCGUCUACUCCAAGCAGAACAUUCGGCCCAAACUGCACAACAUGGACCAGGACAAGGUCGCCAAAAUGUACAGCCAGCUCCGGCAGGAAUCUCUGGCCACAGGCAGUCUGCCAAUCACAGUGCGUCAUAUCGAGAGCAUAAUCAGAAUGGCUGAGGCGCAUGCGCGUAUGCAUCUACGCGCUUAUGUGCAAGAUGUCGAUGUAAACAUGGCUAUCAGGAUGAUGUUAGAAAGCUUCGUGGACACGCAGAAGUACAGCGUGAUGAAGUCGAUGCGUGACACGUUCAGGAAGUACUUGACCUUCAAGAAGGACAGCACGGAGCUGCUCUACUACAUCCUGCGGCAGAUCACCAAUGAGCACGUUGCUUUCAACCGGGAAAGGGAGUGCGUGACGCAAUGGUCGAGAUACAUGAGAGUGAUUUCCUCGAGAGGGCGAAACAAAUCAACAUCCGCGACGUGAAGCCAUUUUACGAAAGCAAACUGUUCCAAUCUCACCACUACCAAUACGAUUCUAACAGGCGGAUGAUAACACAAGUAAUUAUGGACUGAAUCUGAAAUCUCACGAAAAGGUGAAUGUCCUAAAACAAUUCCAUAUUGUCAAAUAUUUGUAAAAUUCAUUUGAAAAUAUUUUUGUAUUACAUAUCUCAACAAUAUUGUAAUGUUUCAAACCAUGUUUGGAAGCUAUGUGCCUUUCUAAAGCUGCCUUUACACGAAAGUUAAUAACAAAAUGUUGAUAACUCAAUUCUUAUAAAUUCUAUUAGUUUGAACAUAACUUAUCAGACACAUGAUGAACAUAUGUGGUUGUCAAGUUCCAUUCAAAUCAAAUAGAAUCUAUAUGAAUUAAGUUAAUAACUUUGGUGUGAACCCAGCUUAAGUGCCUUUAAUUUUAAAAGUAUAAGUACAAAUAUAGUUGAAACUCUUUAGUUGAAAGUCAUGUUGUUUUUUUUUUAUUCGUAUAGCUUUCAGUAAUAAUUAGAAGCUGCUAGAUUAUUAUUAUUAUUAUAAUUAAUUCUAUAUGCUAAUGUUUGCUAAGUACCGUAUAAUGCAUCAUUUAUUCUUUGUGUUUCAAGUGUGUAGACAUUUUUUUAUUUCAAAACAUUUCUUAAAUUUGUAUUUUAUAUUAUUAGAAUUAUUGCAGCAAAGUCUGCAUUUAUUUUCCAUUUUUCGUAUGUAUUUUUAA